UUUUGACAUUUAAUGGUCCAGAUUGUGCUUCGGCAUUAUACUUCCAAACAAAUGACAAAUGUUAGAUCACUAACAUAAGAAAAAAAUUGUAUUAUCUCAUUAUUUAUCGCUAAACUGUACCGCGAACCCGUUGUAUUAUCGCGUUUAUAGUCUGUGUUGUGUUUUAUCAGUGAUUUGACAGUGUUUUUGUUGUUUAUUGAUCUAAUAACUAUGUCCUAUUAUAAUGGAAACGUGUCGCAGCCGACGACAACUGUAGAAACUGUCACCAUAAAAAGACCAUUAAAGGUGAUAGCUUUCAUAUGCGGACUUAUCGUUAUUAUUUUGAUGAUAAUGGGACUCGCGUCAACUGAUUGGUUGAUGGCGGCUGGAUGGAGACAGGGACUUUUUAUGCAUUGCAUAGAAGAAGACGCGCCGCAACCUUUACCUUUCAGUAUACAGGCUCCCGUGGGAUGUUAUCAAUCAAGAGACGCAGGUUAUAUCAAAGCAGCAGCUGCUCUUUGCGUGAUAACGCUUUUAACAGAUCUGGUAGCUACGGUACUAACAGGUCUAGGACUCGGUACAAAAGAUCAUCAUACCAAAUACAAAUAUUAUAGAUUCGCUGUCAUAGUUAUGGGAUUAGCGUUGGUUUCGAUACUUAUAGCUCUCAUCAUAUAUCCUGUUUGUUUCGCGGCCGAACUCAAUUUGGGUAAUAGAACGAUAUGGGAGUUCGGUUGGGCGUACGGCGUUGGAUGGGGCGCCGCCAUUUUCCUCUUCGGAGCCGUUAUUCUAUUGAUGUGCGACAAAGAGAGCGAAGAAAUUUAUUACAAAGAAAGAAAAAUCGUGCACGAUAACGAUUCGCGUGCCUAGUGGCCGCAUAGUCUGCCCGAUGUUGUUCUCUGAUCUUAAUAGAGGUAAUAUCGCUUCUUUCAGAGAGUGUCCAACGAAUGAACGAUUCGUAUGAAUGAUAUUUAGUGUGUUUGACUGAUAUAUGUAUUCGAGAAAAAAAACCAUUCAUUUAUUUAUUUAUGUAUGUAUAUAUAUAUAAUUUUUUUUUCAAAACUAAUCAGUGCGAUUAAUGAUAUAAAAAAAAGUCGAAAUAUAACGGAAAAUUUGAAAAAUCUCGUUUCGGCCAUCGCGUACGCCAUCUUCCUAAUUUGCGCACCCUUUUUAUGGCAACCCACAAAAUAUUACCAACCUCGAAUAAAAAAUUACUAAAACUGACAUCACAUCAAAGUAAUUCAUUAUUUCCCUUUCUUCCCCUCUCUCUUUUCAUUUCUUUCUCUCUGCUUUCCUGCCCUUGUCCUAUCUUUUUUUCGCCACCCUUUCUUUCAUGCCCCCCCUCACUCUCUCUCUUACAUAUUUUCCACAAUUUUCCUUCGCUUUUUCUCUCUCGAACGGAUCUGCCUUCAAGUUAUAAUAAAAUCGGAUCGCUGCUCCCUCUAUUAACGACUUCAUAUACAACCGAAAUAAAUUGAAAAUGGUCAUUUUAAUCAUAAAAGUUUGGAUUUAUACUAAUCAUUCGUAUACACAAUUCUCGUAGGGUAUUUAUCUUUCAUUACUGUUUAUUAAAUUUAAAUUCGCAUAAAAAAAUCGAGUUGCAGUGUGAAUAAUACGAGGGGGAUAUCAAAAUUAGUUAGUACUUCUUUACUACGUAUUUAUUUUACUUUGUUCAAAUAUAUUCCCAAUCACUGUGUAAUUUAUAGGAAAUUCUGAUUCAAUGCGAGGUUUUUCUUUGUAUUAAACUAUUACUCAUAUCAAAUAUAAUUUGUUACUACUCAUGCUGAAUCAAUUUAUGAAUUGGAAAAUAAAAUCGUGACGUUAUUCAUUUCACAAAAAUGUCGUUGUGCAUUACAAAUUGAAUCAAACUGAUUAGAAUCGUUUUGUUCAUUUAGUUGCCUGGUUAAGAUAUUACCAGUCAAUCGUUUCUGUGGUGGUUAACAAUUUUUUACUUACCAAUUUAUUUACAAAAGUCCAUCGAAUUAACAUAAAAUAAUACUUAUUCUUCCAUAUAUACAAUGUAUAUUUUUACUUUAGUUGACGUAAAAAUAGUCGCAACACCGCUUAGAGGUCAUUAUAUCAUACCGUAACUCGUUGAUUGUCAACAAAUUAUCAAUGAUUUCUACCAUCGUAAUUAAAAAUUAUUUCAGACACUGUAUCGAAUUUAAAUUAAAUGCAAUGAAAAUAUUUUGGAAAUUUACGACGGGAAUAAAAAAUAUAUUCAAUGCAAAACAAUUUUAAUUCCUGAAAAUUAACUUUAUGGUGUUGCCAUCUAUAAGGUUGACAUAAAAAUAUCUAGUUAGGUAUUUCAGAUUUCUGUCAUAGUCGGUAAAUAUUACAGAUUCAACUGUAUUAUAUUAAUAAUAGUUAACUUCAAAAUACGUUACAAGCUAUCGGAAAACUUUUUAUAUAUUUACGUCUUGUUUAUUUUUGGGUAUUUAAUUUCGGACGAUUGCAAAUAAAUUUGUAUUUUGGGAUGAGUGAUUCGUGAGACUGAAGAGGCAACCCGGGCAGGCUAGAUGUGUGUUAAAAUAAGACUUUUCCGAUAUAGAUACUCGUUGCAAACGUAUACUGGGUGGGUAACUAAUAACGAACGGAUUAUUAACAGCUACGCCUCUAGAAGGCGUAAUCGAAAAUAUGAAGUUAAAAAAGUAAAAUUUUUUAAAAUUUAUUCUAUAGUUUAUAGAGAUUAUUAAAAUAUUUAAUAAAAUAUUUCAUUUAAUAACUUUAAGUUGAUCUUUUUAAAUAUGAUGUAGGGGAAGUGGGAACUAAACUAAUAGAAGUUUUAAAAGAAAUUUCCGCCAUUUAUACAUUUCUUAAGAUAUCUCGGGGUAGAAAAAAGAUAUCGAGAUGCGUUUUUCGCCAUUCUUAGUUACCCACCCGGUAUAUAAACGGUCCGAAUAACAAAAAAAUAUUUUCUCGAAACUAGAUUAUGACUAUUUGUGUUUUAUGACUUUUAGAUAAAUAAAAUAUUUUUUUUGUGCUUCGGACUACUUUGCUGUAAAAGUAAAAAAUAUGUACAUGUAUUGACUAUUAAAAGUAGAAAUGUCAAUAUAGAAAUUAAAAAAAAUAUAUAUUAGCAGAUUCAUCUAAAUUACAAAAUAAAAUUCCGUACUUUUUCUACUAUGUUUUAUUAGAAAAAAAAUAAAAUUUUUUAGGAACGGUACAGAAAAGUUUAUGAGAUUUUUUUUGUACAUUGUCUCGGGCAUUAUACUUUUUAAUAAAAGAUUUUCGUACUUGCUAGAAUGAAGGUGAAAUUAUUUUUGAAAAGGAUGUUGCUCUAUAUUCUAUUUAGUUUGAACCGUGGCUGCUGUUGUGAUAUUAUCUAUAUGUAUAUUUAUUUCGCUUUAUUUACACGUCACUCUUAUAUAUAUACAGGGUUAAUCGUAAAAUUCACUUUUGUUAAUUUAUUUUUUUCUAUUGACAAAAUGUACAUACAUAUUUUUAUGAAAAUAUAUUUAAAAGAGCAACAUUUUUCACUUUAUUUAUGAUAUUUACACAGUUUUUUGUGAUUUUUGUAAAAAGUUGUGUAUACAAUUUUUUUUUCGUUUCCACAUAUAAUUAAUAUAGUACAAUAAAUUGAAGAUUUAAAUUAUUAUAUUCAAGGUAGGUUUCUAUUUUCAGAAUACAUUGUUGGAUGGAUAUUGAAUAAAAGUACUACUAAAAUAACUUUUUCGAAAAUAUCUCAAAAAUUUGAAAAGAUAUUAAACCAGGGCAAAAGCCUUUAAAAAUGAUAAAAAGUAGGAUGAAAUCUAUUGGGAAAGGAGGAGAAUAAAAAAAAUGAAAGGAAAGAUAAUUUACGUGAGAUCAGAGGUCAGGAAGUGGAUGGGGGUGAGAUUUUAAUGGGUAGAAAACGGUUUAUCAUGAUUUCUGGAAAAACUGCAAGUUCUAUGAAAAAAUGUCGAAUAGCAAAGUUGUAGCCAAUAAAAAGAUCUACAACUUUUGUAUCUACACUUUUUUCGCUUAACCUCAAAAUUUAUGUGAAAAAUUGAAAAAAUCAAGUUUUUGAGGUGAUGUGAAUUUCUGACAAAACUAAAAGUCUUACGUGAAAAAGUUACACAGCAAAGUUGUAUAUAAUUAAAAGAUCUACAACUUUUGCAUUUAAACUUUUUUCGCAUAAAAUUUUACACCGAACGCGCAUUUUCUUUUUGUUAUUUUAAUUUUCAUCUUCAUUUCAUUGGACUAUUAUAUAAAAUUAAGCAUAUCGUAUUGAGAUAUUUAACUAAAAAAGAAAAUAUAUAUUUAAAAUGCUAUUUUACAGGGACUAAUGCUUCUAGUCGCCGUAAUAUUUCAUGAAAGUCAAACAACAAUUAGUAUAUCCGCAUUUUCGUACAUGUGUAUACAUCACAAUACUAAACCAAUCCGUACCCUAUUUAUGAAUCAAUUUUUAUUUACAAUAUAAAAAAGUAUAAAUUCUGAGGGGUGAAUCUAAUAAUAUCCAAAAAUAUGCAAUACAGGAACCGUGAAUACGGAAUGGUAAUUUGUAUGGGAUUAUGGGGGAUACGUUCCUAGGUGACAAAAUAAAUAAAUGCAUAAAAAACAAAUAUAUAAAAAUUUCAAUUUUAUUUAAGUUUUUGAACAUUUUGAUUAAUUAUCUGUAGGCUUGGGCAAUGGUUUGAAGAAUUUUGUAAUUUUCUCUUGCUUGGCAGUUUUUAAAAGCUCCUUCAAUUCAGACUGAUACGGAGCAGUCGCAUUAGCAAUUUGCCUCUUAAAAAUAAGGCUUCGUUCCAUCGACGGAUCAAUGUUCAUAAAAAAAUCGCAAAGCUCAUUUCCCAUUCUUAAACCUUCGCUAAGAUUUUUCAAAUUAAAUGUUACGUUUCCAGUGCUUGUUGAAGCCUCUUCUUCAAUAGGCUGUGAAUUCAACAUUUCCUCCAAGUCGGUUUCAGUCAAAUCUUCAUCUUGUGACUUAAGCAAUUCCUGAAUGUUACUUGAUUCUAUCUGCUCGAACCCAUCUCGUCCUCGAUCACAAUUUUUAUGUCGAAUAUGAAAGACGAAAAAAUAAGACUGCCAAACAAAAAAUCAACUUCUAAACUUGAAACAUAAAAAUUCUGACAAAGGUCCAAUAUCAGUAAAAUUAUUGACAGUCAUUGCACAAAGGCUUAGAACACUGAAGGCAUAUGCUUGUUUACAGCCCACAUAAGUGUAGCUAGUCUUCCUCUUCAGUUUAGGUGGACAGAUUCGGCAGGUUUUUCGUUUUGAACACUCGAUUUCGAAAAUAGGGGGCAGGUCUGCUCCUAAAACGCGCUUCAAUGUCAUAUGCAAUUCCUUUGGCAAAUUUGAGGUGAUUACACGUCUUUGCAUAUGUGGUACGACCAAGGAUCUUGCUCAUUUCUUAAGAAAAUUCACUCUUUCUAUUGCUUUGCGCUGAUGCUGAUUAUGUAGAAUGUGAGCAUUCAUUCCACUCAAGUCCAGUAUCCUAUAGAAAAUGACCACUACUCCUCCUUUAGUGGAGUUAUAGUAGAAAUUCAUUUCAGGUUUUUUGGUGCUGUCAUCUAUGGCGUUGCUGUGAUGCAUUGAGGAAACCAAGACAACUGCUUUAUUCAACUUUGGGACAUAUGAACACAGAGUCUUGUCUUUGGUAAAUCCAAAUAAUGUGGAACCAAUUCCUCGGCACUUUUGAAGCUGGAAUUCUUUUGGAAGUUCCCUCUUAUUUUUUUUCACGGUUCCAACAUACGUCAGCUUUCUUUUAGUCAAUAACAAGCUCAAUGGGUGAAAACCAAUUAUCUGCAGUAACUUUACGGUUAGAGCCUUGAAUUGGUUUCGUCAAACGCAGAACACACUGGGUGGGAAUCAGAAAUGUCUUUUCUUCUGCAUACAGUCCUAUCCCAUCGGAUCCUUUACCAGAAUAAUUAUAACCAUUAUAAAAAUAGAAUGUCUUAGCGUCACAUAAAGCGCGCACAAUGAGUCCAUAUUUUCUUGGCUUUUUUUUUGGCAUGUAAGAUCAUAUGGCUCCUUCCACGAAAUUUUACCAACAUUUCGUCAAUUGUGACAGAUUCGCCAAUAACAUAUAUUUUUGAGAAUAGGUGUCAAACUGCUCGAAAAGUGAAGAGAUCGCUGCUAACUUAUCAGUCUUUUGCCUCUCUGGACGAUCAUCGGGAUUGUCAAAACGCAGGCAAUGUAGUAUGACUAAAAAUCUAGUCUCUGACAUGCUGCAUCUGAAUAUUUCGCAGCCUGUACCAUCUGUUGCGAAAAUAUAGCUCGAGCUUUAGUGGUUGGAUUUUAGAACAGCAGAAUAGUACAGUAAUCCGAGAAACGCAUUCAAUUCUACCAUGUCUAAAUGUUUCAAUUCCGGUCUAUCUUGUCGUUUGAACGUUGCUUUGAUGUCGUCAAUUUUUUUGUUAGUCCAUAUCAAAAUAGUCUCUCGCAUUUCCACGUCAAAAAGCUUAUCCCAAAUACUGGUAGGAUCCUUGUUAUCGUCCUCGGUCAAAAGUGAAGUAGAUCGGCAGGUGACAAUAUUAUGUUGAAGCGUUCUUACCCUGUUUGAUGGCGGAUUAGCAGCCCAUUUGAAACGAUUUUUGCCGUAGAAAUAAUUAGGUUGUGUACGUGAAGUUAGAGUAUUUUGAAGUUCUGAAAGUGGUGUCACGUCACUGUCUGAGCUGUCGUUGUCCGAACUAUCAUCCCUUAAAUCGUUGUCAUGAGUAUUAUCUAUUUCUACAAUCUCUUGGUCUUCUUGGUCACUAAAAUUACGUUCUGUGAUGUCUUCAGCAAAUGCUAAACAAUCAGCAAUGUUAUUUUCAUCUUCGUAUUGAUCUGACUCAAAAAGUAUUAAUUUCAUCUUCAAAUGUAGGAUCGUCAACGCAUAUUUUUUUUGACAUCUGGUUGGGACGGCCACAUUGACCUUAAAGUUCGUUUAGCCGAAGAAGUACUCGGUUUUAUGUUUUUUGACAUUUUGAUUGCUUAGAACCUAUAAAAAAAAAUAAUCGCAGUCAAUAAAUUUUUGUAUUGAAAACGUGAACUCGCGGUCUCACAGACCGCAGGCUAAAUUUAAAACAAAAUUACUCACCCAAAUUGCAACCAGCGACGCAACCUCUUCUCUUCGCAGUCGUUUCGCCACUAAAGUCGAAACUACUAAAUGUCACAAGAGCGGGGUGUGGGGGGAAGUAGGGUAUAUACAAUUUUCAGAAAGGAGAGCGGUCUGUGAGACCGCGCGUCCAUAGUUAAAAGUUAACAACAUAUUUUAGACAAAGUUUUUAUAAAAUCUAUUUUACUUUUUUAUUAGUACAUUUGACGGUAUUUACAAAGGAUUUUGGGUUGGAUAUCUAUUGGAAUCCUUUUAUUAUUAUGUAUGUACUUAUUAGAUCCGCGAAUAAAGGAAUUGGGUUACAUUUUUUUACUCCGUGAAUGAAGGAAGCGCGAAUAAGGAACUUUUACUGUAUAUAAAAGUUUAAUUAAAUUGAUGUUUAGCGUCUAAUCACAGAUCAUCAUCUGUCACAGUCACGUUCACAAUCUGAACAUAGAAUAAUUAACUUUAUUUGCGGUGUCGUUAGUGAGAGAUACUAGUCAAAAGUUAGUAGUUUUACGCUGCAAUUUCCUGUUGACGUUCGACGCUAGCAUAGAACGUCAAAUGAGAUCAUGAGAUAUAAUUUCGAUUGGAGCGCCAUCUCAAAUUAAUUAUAAACACCUUUAUCGAUACUCAUGACUUCAUAUACCAACGUCGAGCGUAUACAUAGGCGUUACAAGGGUAAUUUAUUGUCUUCAAAAGGGGUGCAGAAAAUUAAAAAAAAUCUUAUUCAGAAAUAUUAGGUAAACAUUGAAAAUUGUCAAUUUACUUUCACAUUUAUUGUAAUGGUUGUUAUAACAUACAGGGGGUUUGAAAUUUUUUUUAAAUGUUGAUAAACUAAUUGUUGGUGAUAUUUACGUGAGAAAUUAUUUUGAAACACUAAUUAGUGGUCAAUUCAUAUAAAAAGUAUAUUUAACUAACUGGACCAAUAUUUGAUUUUAUUGAAAAUAAUCUCGCUGGAAAAAAUUAUUUCGUUUUUUAAUUGUACCACAUACUAUGGUGUCCCCAAUAAAUUAAAUAGCAUAUUGAAAAGAGGAAAAAAACGUAGCGAUGUGAUAUAUAGCUUAUUGUGUAUAUUUAUUAGUGUAAGAGCCGUAUAUCUACAUAUAUAAGAAUGUUUAUUUGACAGAUUUUUUUCAAUACUAAAAACUUGACCCAAUUAAACUUUUUUUUCAUUACCAUCAACUAAGUUCAUUAUUUAGUUAUCGUAAUCUAAAACUAGGUUUCCACCACUGGCUGACUUAUUGCAAUGGAAAUCGUAAUCUCUUGUAAACACGGCUUUAUCGUAAUUACCGUUACAAUAAUUCGUUUUAUUUGUUGUAUUUCAUUAUUUCAAAAUUGUCUUGACGAACAUUAUUUCUAACGUAUUUCCCGGAAUCCAAAACAAUAGGAAACCCUCUUAUUUAUUUUAUAUAAUUUUCGAAUAUUGGAAUUGAUUAUUUGACUUGAUACUUCGUCAUAAGUGAUCUCAAUGUGUAACUAAAUGAAGUUACUGGUUUAAAUUUAUCAUUGUGUAAUUUUUAUUUGUAAAAAUAUAUUAAUGAAUAAAAUGAAAUCUUUGUAAA